AAACUUCAAGUUCAGGUUUCAACAUAUUGCAUGACAUUUCUUUUGAUCUCUGCUGCACGAAGGGCUAGAAUGGAAAUGUGUGUAAAUGUAUAUAGAAAAAUCUACAUUGUCCUGCUAAUGGCAGGUUAGUCAGGUUAGUCAGGUUAGGCAGGUUAGUCCCAUUGCACAAAUCAUUGCAAUCUUCAAACAAAGAUUAAUUAACAAAUUCAAGGCUGCCAACUAAGUUGUGAUCAGUUUUUGUGAGACAGAGAGAUCACAAUAUGAAUUUACAGUGAGUGACCCAGCGGACGCCUGACCUCAAAUGCUUCCUGCCUCCUGCCUGAGUAGUCCUGUGUCAAUGUGCCAUAGAUUUUUUUUUUUAAUAGACACAUGUUAUUCCUAUGGUUAAUAAUUACAUUGAUUUUAUUAAGAAUAAAAUCAAUAAUUGAUUUAGUGUUUGCAGCCUGGGAUAGUGUUUUAUGUUCCUCUAAUUCACUGUGGUAUAACAUUUAGUAUGACUAUGCAUGAGUUGCUGCUGCUUGAAUAUAUUGGCAAAUGAGUCAUGUGGAUGUAACGGAGCCUUCAGAUGCAUUACCAUCCUUGUGCAUUGUGCUGUUCCAUUUUUUUUUGCAUGUUAUACCAGUACGCAGUCUCCAUAAAUGAGCUUAUGUGAAUUAAAUAUGCCAAAUCCAGGCAGUAUUCAUCAGUGUCAGACAUGUAUUUUGCGUACUUCAUUUGAACUAAUAAACUGUGUGUGGCCACCUCAUAUAAUUAAUAUCUCAGGAAAUGAACUGUGUUCGAUGAUGACUCGGAGCAGAAGUCUCUGGCCAUGGUUCAGUGUUGUGCCUUAAUUCUUGAGUCUGAAAUACUGCCAUUUAAUUAACUUUUAACAGUGCCUGCUAAUAAGCUUGAUUCUGCGGAAAGCUUGUUUUGUGGUCUCUGGGUUUGAACCAUGACAAAACAAUUUGUGAGAGUUUAAAUAUUAGAGCUGCUAGUGCUUCACUUGUGCAAGUAGGCCCAGAACUUGUGGCAGCACGAGGGCAGGCAAAAUUCCUCUGCGUCAAGAGUUCUGUGAAUCAGAAGGUCUUGGCAGGAACAAAUGUGGGCAAAUGGACAGCAGUUGUAAAGAUUGCAGAGAUAUGUCAAACAGAAUAUCCAUGAUCUAUUGCAAUCUGUCAGCCAAGGCUGAACUCAGGGAAUCAGGAGAGAAAAAAAGAUGCUCCAGCACAGUUCAGUGGCAUGGAAUGCAAGAACAGGGAGAGAACAGGUUGAAAACACCUCUUCACUUGAAUGGUAUGGAGAGGAUAAACCUUCUGUUUAUCUUUGUAUAUUUUCAUGGAGAUGUCUGAGUGCAGUUAGGAGGGAACAGUUAUGUACUGCAGUUCAUAUUCAGAGCAGACUUACAGUUUAUCAGUGUGGUCUAAAAAGUAAAAAUGACAGUGUUUUAUCAUGUUUGUAUCAUAAAUGGAGUGAUAAAGAACAUUUUGAUGCAUCGUUAUUAUUUUUUAAAACUUGAAAACAGGUCACUCGCUGAAUAAAAGCUUACAGGCAAAUAAUUUCUCAUAAUCACAGGUUGUUUUUAGGAUGCUUUUAGUCAUGUCGUUUUGAGUUCAUUUCUAUGAAAAGAAUGUUACAUAUCUUGGUCCCCUUGAAGACUGGGACAGAGCUCAAGCACACUUACUCUUGCCCUUCCCACAACCUCUCCUUAUAUAACCUGUAUAUUCAGGUCACUCUUUCCUAUCAUCUGAGCCUCUCACCUGCAAGAAACACAUGGAACCGAUUGACUUCAAUCAGGAGUCCUUUCUCAUGCAGCCAAGGAGCAUCAUGUAUUUUUAAACUCAGGAAUUCAAUGAGGUAUUUAAUGUAAAUCAGUCACUUUGGCGAAGAUCUGUAGCCUGCACUGUUAAGGAGGUCCGGGAUGCAUGGGAGGCUGUCUGACCUGCUCGCCUUCAAACGGCUGCCUGACGUGCAUGCCCAGGCUCUUCAUUCACCUCGAGAGGGAUGGCAUGAGGCAGAUUGGCGUGUGCCUGGCUUCCUGUCCCAAGGGUUUCUUUGGUACUCGCUCACCUGAAAAAAAUGACUGCUCCAAAUGUGGCUCUGAGUGCGACACCUGCUUUGACAAGAAUUUCUGCACACGUUGCAGAGCAGGAUCAUAUCUUCACAAGGGGAAAUGCCAAGAGAGCUGCCCGGAUGAUCUAGUGCCCAGUGACAUCAAGAGGGAGUGUGUUGCACCAUGCCCAGUGAACUGCGAGUCCUGCCUGAACAGUGACACCUGUACAAGGUGUAUAUCAGGUCAUUAUCUACUACAUGGUCAGUGUCACAGCAUCUGCCCUGAGGAGUUUGAGCCCAGCGAGCAGUCGAUGGAGUGUAUUCCUAAAGUGCAUUGUGAGGUGGGAGAAUGGAGUGAGUGGGGGCCGUGCUCACGGAUAGGGAAAACGUGUGUUGGAGAAAUAAGUCGCACACGGAAAGUUCUGCAGACCCCCAGUCCUAAGGGCAACCCCUGCCCUUCAGCCUUAGAGAAGAAAGAAUGCUUUGUUAAGAAAAAGAGAUGUGUAGGGAAGGGAGACAAAGGCUUACGUAAAGGAGAGCGGAAGAAUCGGAACAACCGAAAGGAGAAAACAAACAGUGAGGGCCGUCGAGAGCGGAAAAGAGCGAGAGAGCGGGAGAGAGAUCUGGGCACCCGGGAGGAGGACAACAGGAACAAAACAGAACAGCGUCGCAAAAAGACCCAGAGCAGAGACACUGUAAUGGAAUAGGGAGGAUCUGCACGGUGAUCCUCUCAAAUAACCCUCCGCUGGUUCUCCCACCCCUCUGCCCCUUAACCCCUCACUUUCAGGGGUGCUGCUGCUACCUGUAUAAUUUAAAUGUAUACUGUAUAUGCACAAGAGAAAGGAGGCACUGAUCAGACAAGUGACAUGAACAGUGAAGCUAACCCUUCUCUCUUCUGGCUCAACGCUCUCAAAGAGCAUCUAUUGCUCAUCUGACAUCUUUCUCAUGCAGAGGAGUCUGGCAUUGAGUUGGAAUGAUUUUGAACUCACUGUAGUGGAAUGGGACCUUUAUGAAACAGCAGGCUGAUGAUGUUGACUCAGACGCUGCCCUGGUACAGCAUCGCUUUGUGGUUUGAAUGUAGAUUUGUUUGACAUUAUGUAGAGUUGCUAUUGUAUAAACGUUGAUCUUUUUUUUUUUUUUGGCUGAGUAAAUUAAAAGCGAGCGUGCUUGCUGGUGUCAUGGACAUUACCUGUUGAUAUGACUGCAUGAUGGACUGAUAUAAACCCACCAGACAAAAGGACAUGCUGUGGUUUUACUGGAUAAAGAUGUAAUGGUUCUCCCUGCAUUUUUUUAUUAAUCUUUUUUUUUUCCAGUGUCCUCCAAGUAAGGAGGAGUUUGCCUGUCUGUAGUAGCAGAAUCCAAGCUUUAAUUAAGCCAUGUGACCAGAAACCAAAAGCACCUGUAUGUUCAAUAAAUAAUGAUGUUUGUA